UCUUUCAGGUAUGACUAUCAAACACUUUUACACAACUCAACGUUUUGUUUAGUGCCUAGGGGGCGUCGUCUUGGGUCUUUUCGUUUCUUAGAAGCGCUGCAGGCAGCGUGUAUACCAAUUCUUCUGAGCAAUGGAUGGGAGUUACCAUUUUCAGAGGUAAUUGAUUGGGACAGAGCUACCAUCGAAGGUGAUGAACGAUUAUUAUUACAAGUACCAUCCAUAACAAGAUCAAUUACCAGUGAACAAAUUUUAUUACUACGCCAGCAAAGCCAAUUUCUUUGGGAAACAUAUUUUUCAUCACUUGAGAAAAUCAUAAGUACAACAUUUGAAAUUAUCAAAGAUAGAAUAAACAGAGAGAAUGCUCGUAAUAUGAUGGUUUGGAAUGUGCCACCUGGAGCUCUUGCUAUUGACCAACAAUAUUCCAGUGACUUAACUUCAUACCCUUUUUUCAACGUUGCAUUGGCGACACCACUCUCUUCAAAGUUUACUGCGGUGAUCUUAGCGACGUCUCCCGUCUUCUCCUCCGCAGCUCCUGUUAUUAAACUCAUCAAAAAUAUUAUUCAGUCUGCAAAUGUAGCACACAUUGUCAUUUUAUGGCAUGUAGAGCAUCCGUUGCCACCAAAGAGUCGUUGGCCAGCUACUACUAUUCCAUUGACAGUAGUUGAAGGGAGUUCCAAGCAUAUUGGCGACCGUUUUAAGCCCAGCAGUCUCGUGAAGACCGAUGCCAUUUUAAAUCUAGAUGAAGAUACUGUACUUACUACAGAUGAGAUUGAUUUUGCAUUUAGUGUAUGGAAAUCAUUUCCAGAGCGGAUUGUUGGAUAUCCAGCCCGUUCCCACUACUGGGAUGAGAGCCAAAAUCGAUGGGCUUACACCUCCAAGUGGACCAACGAAUACUCCAUGGUGCUUACCAGUGCAGCUUUUUAUCACAGAUACUACAAUCAUCUUUAUACAGAGACUCUACCGAAAGUAUUGUUGGAUCAUGUGAACAGCAUCAAUAAUUGUGAAGAUAUUUUAAUGAACUUCUUAGUAGCGAGUGUAACACAUCUUCCGCCAGUUAAAGUCUCUCAGAGGAAAUGCUACAAGCAACUUCUUAUGGGUGAAGACUCAAGGGUUAAGCCUUUAUCGUUCUGGAGGGCGGCAGACCAUUUUCCACAGAGACAAAACUGUUUGAACCUCUUUGCAGAGAUCUUUGGUAAAAUGCCUCUGACACGCUCCCAGAUGCGGUUAGAUCCGCUGCUAUACCAAGAUCCCGUUGCAAAUUUACGCCGCCGCUACCGAACUAUUGAGCUAGUUAAUGAUGGAUGCAAACCGUCAUGACCUAUUUUGAUUGUAUGCUUCUCAUCUAUAGCUUUAAGUGCGGGUGUAGGAAGAAAACAUCGGCGCAGCAGUUGUUAUGUUCACAUUAAAAUUCGACAAAACUCAAAGAGAAUGGAGAUGUAACAAGAAACAAGAUAGUUUUAAGUUAUUGGAAAGUGAUUAGUUUUGAAAUUCUUAAGCAAAGCAGAUGUUGAAAUUCACCAUCUGAAAUUUAAUUCAGCAGAAAAUUCCUUUCAAAGAAAGUUUUUUUGUCUAAAAGAAAUAUAAACAUUGGUAGUAUGAGUAUGAUUUACAGUUUUGUGAGUUAUUUGAUUGAUUGGAAAGAAUUCCAGAUAGGAAACUUCAGCUGAUAAAGGAGGAAAGCAGUAUCGUAGGAAUAAAUUUCACUAUUAUGUAUGUGGAAUUUUGAAAGAGUACCAUGAAGAACGUAAAGUACUUGUAUUAAUGUUCUAUGUGCAACAUUUUUAAUUUCACCAAGAAUGUGUUGGAAUUACAAGAGUAAAAUAAAGAACAUAAUAUAUCCGCAAUUAUUCUUGAACAAUCUAAGAAAUUAUGACUAGGUGAAUUAGAUUUUCCAUUCCACAUUUUAAUCUCAGAGUAAUGCAGUUAUUUUUUAUAUUUUUAAAUAAAGCAGCGGAGUUAACGUUGUUUUAUGUUAGUACCGUAUUAUGAGUAUCAGAAGUCUAUUAGACAGCUCUGCUAGACUUUGUAUAAAAGUGUGUGUGAGCGAUUUUUGUACAUUAAGUUUUUUCUUAUGGAGAGUUGUUGCGUUCAUUAGCGAGUGUGAACUUUUAUAAUCGGCAUUUUGAUAUAAAGUUGUAUGAAAUUUAAAUAUUCAUGAAGUAUUAUUGAUUUUAAAAAAUAACAAAACAUUCUCAGUUGUAAGCUCCAAAGUUUGAAGAGAAGAACAGUAUCUAAAGCCCUGUGUAGACUAUCAAAUUUUAUAUGACAAAAAAACUGAUGUAUGCCCAUAUAUAGUCAUGAUGUGCCUAUAUAUGGUCAUGAUGUGAUGUCAUCAUGACCAUAUUUAGGCAUGUCACAUGUUUUUGUCAAAUAAAAUGAGAUUAUCUGUACCUAAGGGUCUAAGGAAAGAAUAAUUAUGAAUACUUAAACAUUUUCUUGUUAUAUAGGAACAGUACCCUAAAUGACCUAAUAAGUUCAGUGCGGUGCUUAUUCGAGAACGGUGCUUAUUCUAGAGUACCAUUUAUUAACAGCAUCGCUUUUUCAAGCACAGCACUUAGGCCAAAAAGAAACAAUUUUUGUGUUGGCCACGUUUUGGGAAAAUUCAAAAAAUAGGUAGGUCAGUUGGAAAGCUUUUUUCCCCCUUUUUUUUAACAACCAAAUAUGUGUUUACACCUAAAAAAUAGACAAAUAAUACAACAAUUUUUAAAUCGCAUCGCUUACUAUCCAGCAAAUAAAAGCACUCAAAUGCCGACCCUUACUUUUGUAAAAUUUAAGUCGGUUGUGAAUGGCCAACACAACAAUGCGUCAUUUUGUCGAGAGCGCCACUUGAGAGCGGAGCUUAUCAGAUCAUUUACAGUAUGCUAACUUAUUGUUUGCAAAAUUUAGAUCAUUUAUGAUCUGCAAACGUAAUUUAUAAGGCAUUAUGCCAACAUAUUUUUUGAAAAUUAAUGAAAUGAUGUUAUUGUGGCAAGAAAUUGAUCAUGUAAAUUAUGUUUAGGACUGUAUCAUAACAUUUUUUAAGACCAUUUUUUUAUAUAUUUUUUCCAAAUGUAUAUUUUUAUGUUCAACUAAUAAAUAUAAUACAAAAUUAUUCAUGUUAAAUUGUGUAUUUUAUGAAUAUGUUAUCUUUAUUAAUCAACCAUUAGCUUUUGUAGACAUCUGAAGAACCAAGAAACAUUUGAAAUACAUGUCAUAUCCUGGUUAAAAUGUUAUAAUUAAAACUAAUAAAUUUCGGUAAUCGAUACCUCAAAUUUUAUUUAUUUAUUUCAAUGACAAUAUGUAAUAUAAAUAUAAUAAGGUAAGAAUUUGGACACUUUUUAUGCAGUAAAUAUUUAUUAAGAUAGACUCUCAUCGCCUAAAAGCCUCUGCAAUUAUAUUCAUAUGUCUUAUUCUACAAACAAUAUUAUUUAAUUAGUUAUUUAGUGAUUAUAUAAAAAAGGAUCUUAUGCUCAGCUUAUUUCCAUUUUGAUUUCCAAAGUACUGUUCUUUUAUUUUCAUACAUACAAUAUUUGUUUUAGGAUUAAACAAAAUAAUUUUAAUACAAAACAUUGGGAUAGAUGUGACAUUUUUAACCUCAGAAACUUUUUUACUUGUGCUUUUGUUAACAGCUUUUGAUAAACCAUACCAAAUAUCUUCAUAAACCGGUUUCGUUUGUAUUAGUUUGUGGAGUAAUCCAAAUAUUUAGUUUUCAUAUAUUCAUAUACACAGGUUACCAAAACCAAAAAGUUGCUCUGUAUAUAUCAGUUUAUGUGAUAAUGUUUUAAAGUUGAGUAUUUAACAACUAUGAUUUAGAAGUACAGUAAUAAUAUUUAUGUAUUAUAAAUAUUAUUACUGUACUUCUAAUAAUAGUUACGUAUUAUAAAUCUGCUGAAUAAUACAGAAUGUUUUGACUUCAUUUGCAAACAAUGGUUAGCAUUUGGAGUGAGUUUUCAUUGUAGGAGUAGACAUAUGCUGAUAAAAACAGCUCUCUCUAUCUCUAAUGAAUAAAUAGCAUAUUUUCCUAUAGAACCUGUAUUUUUAACUAUAUUUAAGGCAGAAUCGUCUAGAAAAUGUACUGAUAUAGGUCUGCUUGAAUUGAAAAUUGUGAUUUAAUUUGUGUGUUAAUGCUUAUCUAUUGGACUACUUUAACUGUAUUUUUCCCUUAGUUUUAUCUACCGGCACUCCAUCUUCUGGUUGUAUAGUUAGAGCAUUUGGAUCUAACAAUCCUUGGCCCCAAUAUAUUUUGAAUGGACAAAUAUUUGUUUCAAUUGAUUUGGUCUGAUGAAUUUUGUAAUUUAUUUUUCAUUUUAGAAUGGAAAAACAGUCUGAAUGUAAUUGAUCACGAAAAAAUACAAAUGAAUAAACGUGUUUAUCGGCGUUGGGAUUCUAUAAUCACUGAAUAAACUGUUAACAUUACUAUGGUGACCAUGACAAGUUAAGCAUGUCAUUACUUAACCACACACAUUGACAAAAAAAAAACUGUUGUAUGCCCAUAUUUAGUCAUGAUGUGCUUAUAAGUUUUUGUCAAAUAAAAUUUGAUAGUCUGGACA